AUUUAAACCAAACAAAAACAAAGAAUUUUCGAAGUUAAAAACGUUAUAAAAACCUUGUUUUUUGUUGUGUAUUUGUGUAGAAUGGCUACAGAACAAGGAGGAAAUGUUGAUGAAGCCAUAAUUCGUCAAGUAGAGAAUAUUCAAAAAGAGAUCUCAGAGACCCAGCAACUUGUUGGGAGGUUAGAGGACAUCAUGACUUUGCAAGAGGUUUAUCAGCAAGAUGACACAAUUUUUCAAAACAAAAUAAAGCAUUUGUCAAAGAAAUAUUCUCAUAUACGAACAACCAGAGCUGAUGGAAAUUGUUUCUUUCGAGCAUUUGGGUUCAGUUACUUAGAAUAUUUACUAGGUGACAGGAUUGAGUAUGACAGAUUUAGAAAUUUUGCUGCAAAUAGUAAAGAUGAAUUGGUAGCUCUUGGUUUUCCUUCCUUCACUGUAGAAGAUUUUCAUGAUACUUUCAUGGAGCUUGUUGACAGAGUUGGUGAAAAGAUCACUGUUGAUGAACUGUUAACGGUUUUCCAGGAUGAAGGAAUGUCCAAUUAUAUUGUAGUGUACUUAAGAUUGCUGACUUCUGCUCAACUACAAAAGAAGGAAGAUUUCUUUGAAAAUUUUAUUGAAGGGAGUCAAACAAUGAAAGAUUUCUGCAGUCAGGAAGUUGAGCCAAUGUCUCGUGAGAGUGACAAUAUACAUAUCAUUGCUUUAUCUGACGCUACAGGAGUAUGUAUACGCAUUGAACAUUUAGACAGAAGUGGUCCAGACUCUUCUGUAAAUCAUCAUGAUUUUCCAGAUGAUGGAAGCAAGCCCAUGAUCUAUCUUCUCUAUAAACCUGGUCAUUAUGAUAUACUAUAUAGACAUAAUAAAUAAUGCACAAAGUUAACACAUUUCCAUUCUUAUUUUAAAGCUUUGUUCAUAGCCAUAUUUUCUACCUUGUACAGACAUAUAUAAAUAAAUUACAGUCUAGCUGUUGCAAUG